AGAACUGGGCCGGUAUGAAGUGUCCAUACAAAUUGCUACGGAUGAUUCUUGCACUUGUUUGCAUGAGUUCAGAGGUGGGCCGUGCCGUAUGGCUGCGUUUCUCCCCGCCCCUCCCCUCCUCCGGACCGCAGCCCAGUUUCAUGGCUCAUCUGUCGGGCGCAGUGGUGGGCAUCAGCAUGGGGCUGCUGAUCUUGCGGAGCUAUGAGGAAUCUCUGCAUAAACAGUGCUCCUGGUGGGUCCUCAUCUUCUCCUUCAUCACCUUCCUCCUCUUCGCCAUCUUCUGGAACAUUUUCGCUUACGAGCUGCUCGGGGUACAGAUCCCGCCCCCUCCCUGAUGACACGCCCCCCUCUGGUGGCCCCAAAAAGCCACGCCCCCCUGUCCGACACAGGUCCGACCUCAAUCUACUCCACUCGACCAGCAGCGGAGACACGGACUUAAAAACCGGAAGGAAGGAUUUCAGUGGUGUGAAAUGAUAACGCAUACUCAUAUUCCAUACAGAAGCAGCGAACACAAACGGCGUGGUAUUUUUAAUGAACACUCGGAGGUAGCAUAAGGGUCCGGCGAGUUUAUUUGAACAGACCGUCAGUACGUCAUACACUCGAAACAUGCACACACACACACACACACACGUACAUCAGAUUUGUUGUGUAUUUCAGCCCGAGGCUCGUUCAUGAUGCCUUUCUGUAUUGUUUUGAUUUGACUGCCUCAUCUAAGCCUGUUAUGCAUUACAGAUACCAUCCGUAGUAGAUGAAACGCCAGGAAUCUCGCUGACUAAAAACAAAGCCUUACACUUGAAGACACGGCAAAGUCCUCAGUGAGGUAGGGGGUUGAUGUUGAUGUCAUCUGAUGCUGUUCGUUUUUUGGAUAAUUAUGGAUUGGAUUCGGUGAAACCAGGUAAAACUUGUUUCAAAGGGCAAAAAGUAUGUUUCUGAAGCUGUUUCAUGCUUUACUUUGUUCCUCAGCAGUAUACAGAAACAUUAAUUCUGUUCCAAAUCAUAGUGGGCUUUCUAUGUGGGCAGCAUGUAAUAG